AUGGUACAGACAGAGGGACGGGAGACGGCGGGUGCUGAGGGGCACAUCAUCGCAGAGGAAGAGGGGCAGCAUAACGAGGAGGCAUCAUCGCAGGUAUUCGCAUACCGAGAGACGCAGAGCAUGGCAGAGACAGGGCGUCAAAAUACUAUGGAGGAGGUUCGUGUCGUCCCGGAGGCUGGAGUGGGGCACUACGAGGGAGAUGCGCUGGAAACAGAAGAGGAGCAGAAUGAGGAGGAUACGGUACAUCCGGCAGUCCGGAUAUUUUUGGGAGGAAGUCCGACGCGGGGACCAGGAACCGGGGUAGAGGGGCCAUGGAGGGUGGCAGACGAUGGGGCGCCUAGGGAUAUAGUGGAUCUCAAUAGGCAGAGGCGGCCCACCCUUCACCAGAGAGCAGUGGAGAGGAAUCUCGACCAAGGCGGGGUGGCAGAAGUGUUUUGGCAGGUAGAGUGGGUCGAGGCAGAGACGGCAAUACGGCGGAUGCUGCAUCGGACGAGUACAGUCCUGGUCGAACAAGGUGACAGGUUCGUCGAGGCCGAAAGCUGGGACAUAAGCCCGGCAGAGGUAACGCGUCGUCUGACGCUCUUAGCCCGAAUGGUGACGCAGACGUUCUGCAACUUGGCGGCCCGCAACAGCAGCAUCAGUCGCGACGUGGCCGAUCUGACCGUCCAUUAUUGCCGCGACGCCCUGGCCAACCUGGAAGAAGUCCGCCAUGGAAACGAGGAACAGCGGCGCCAAGCUGAAACGACGGCCAGGUUUCGCGAGCAGGUGGACACGAGACUCUCCAACUUGCAGGAGAGUAUCGUAAGGGUGAGUGAUCAGGUUCGCCAGUCGGGAGGGGGGAUGGCGGAGGGCACGUUAAAGGGGGUGGAAGAGAGGUUGAGAGAGAUUCUGAGAGAAGACUCUGAGCGGCGGAACAGGGAUAGACUGCAGGACGAGGAGCGGAGGCAGAAGGCUACGAGGAAGGAAGCAGACGCCGCAGAGAGACGGAAGAAGGAACAACAGCAGGAGGAAGCGCGUCGGCAGAAGGAGAUGAGAGAGGGAAUGAAGGAGAUGAAGGAGGCGAUGAUGAAGGAGAUGAAGGCAGAAGUGAAGGAGAUGAAGGAUGGGAUGGUAAACCAGAUUGUGGGGAGGCUGAGCGCGGUUUUGCGAGAAGAAUCCGAGCGGCAGAAGAAGGAGAGGCAAGUGGACGCGGAGCGUCGACAACAGCAGGACGCGAAGAGGAAACAAGUGGCGGACGACGAGGAGAGACAGAAGAAGAAACAACUGGACGAGCAAUGGCGGAAGGAGGAGGAGGUGAAGAGGAAGGAUGUAGAGGCCACAGAGCGGCAGAGGAAGAACAAACAUCAGGAGGAAGAGCGACGGCAGAAGGAGGUGGAGGCGGGAAUGAAGGAAGUGAUGGAGGCUGUGAAGGAGAUGAAGACGGGGAUGAAGGGGUGGAAGGAGGGGAUGGCGAAACAGCAGGAAUUGGACCGCCUGCAAAAGGAGGAGACGCAGAAGAAGGAGGCAGAGGAGGCCGAGCGGCAGCAGCGGGCGAAACAGGAGGAGAUGGAGCGCCUGCAGAUGGAGGAGGCGCAGAAGAAGGAGGCAGAGGAGGCCGAGCGGCAGCAGCGGGCGAAACAGCAGGAGAUGGAGCGCCUGCAGAAGGAGGAAGCGCAGAAGAAGGAGGCAGAGGAGGCCGAGCGGCAGCAGAGGGCGAAACAGCAGGAGAUGGAGCGCCUGCAGAAGGAGGAAGCGCAGAAGAAGGAGGCAGAGGAGGCCGAGCGGCAGCAGAGGGCGAAACAGCAGGAGAUGGAGCGCCUGCAAAAGGAGGAAGCGCAGAAGGAGGCAGAGGAGGCCGAGCGGCAGCAGAGGGCGAAACAGCAGGAGAUGGAGCGCCUGCAGAAGGCGGAGCAGUGCCGAGCAGAGAAGAGGGCCAGACUUGCAUCCUACGCGGAACAGCAGCGGCAACUCGAGGCAAAGGCAAAGGCGAUGGCUGAAGAGACGGAACGAUUGGCAAGGGAGAUGGAAGAGGAGGAUUUGACCAUGCAGGGGGAGGGGACCUGGAUAGGAGUCGAGGAGGAAAUAGCUGAGGGCCUGGGGAGUUUGCUGUUGAUUGAGAGCGGGGAGGCGAAUGUAGCAGAGGGCGUGGCUAGUGUUCCUGUACAGAAUGUAGAGGUGUCCAGGAGGCGGCAUAGAUAG